CUUUUGAUUUAAAAUCCGUAGGAUUGCAAGUAGUAGUUUUUUUUAAUCAAUUGCAAGUAGUAGUAUCAUUGAACAAACCUUCCGUCGAGACCCAUUUGUGUGUGGGGACUUACUUUUGCCAGAUUAGAUUGCAUUAUAUAUUUAUUCUAUCUCUACUCUGGACCCACUCUCCCACAUGCACUUCUCUCUAUGACACCCUAGCUCUUGCCUAUUUAUGCCAUCCUUUGAACAUUCUCCCUCACAUCUCCACUUGAACCGUUUUUUCUAAAUACUUCUUCCUACAGACAACAAAAGUCUAAUAGAAAGAUAGAAAUAUGGCUAUGGACCUUGAGCUUGAUGAUGAUGUCUUCUUUGCAGACAUAAGCAAGCAAAUCAAUCUCUUAAUCACAGAUGAAGAUGAACAGAACCCUAUCUCACUCUCCUCUUCUGUCUUCCAGGGGUUGUUCAGAGAAAACUACCAAACAUCAUCAACACCACAUAUGAUGUACCAUGAGCAGAAUUACAACCUAAUUAGAGAGAGCAAAGGGACGGGAGUGUUCAUCCCAAGAUGUACUCAGCCAAGAAGGAAACAACAACAUAAUCAUCCUCGUCAGAAGAAGCAAGGGAGUGCCGGUUCCCUCAUCUCGAAGCAACAGUUUUCUCAUCAUGUUUAUGACAACAACUACACAACUCUCAACAACAACCGAGAACACAUUACCCUUCAUCAUGCACCUUCUAACAACUCAAGAAGAGCCUAUAGAGACAUGGAUUUGUGUCAUUAAUUCAUAUUAUAUAUAAUUGAUUAUUGAUAUAUUAUAGAUUUUAUGUUUGUAAGAUCAGCAAAUAAUAAGGAUGAAGGAGGAACCAUCAAUCUAAAGGGAUUUGGUGUGAUUUACGCAA